AUGAAUGUCUCUACAGUAGCUUAUGGUGAUACAUCUUACAACAUUGAUUAUGAGCAAUUUGGUGAAAUAUUAAAACAAUUGCGAAAUGGAAGUUUACGGAAUUUAACGAGGGACGACUUUGGAGAUUUGUCCUGGAUAUUACGAAAGUCUCGUACAAAUCACGCGUCCCAAAGGUAUCGCGAUGUUUGGGAUUACCUUGGAGAGGCGCUGGGUCCGAGACGAGGACCCGUUGGGGCCGUAGUGGCCAUUACUUGCGUGUAUUGCCUCAUAUUUUUAUCGGGUCUGUUUGGAAAUAUUUGUACCUGCUUAGUUAUCGCCAAAAACAAAUACAUGCACACUGCUACUAACUACUACCUAUUCAACCUGGCAGUAGCCGACUUGGUACUCCUUACCAUCGGUCUUCCACCAGAGACCUACUCCAUAUGGUCAGCUUACCCUUGGAUAUUUGGCAAGGUGUUCUGUGUCGCGAGGACCAUGGUGGCCGAAAUGUCUACCAACGCCAGCAUUUUAACCAUCACCGCGUUCACUAUUGAAAGGUACGUAGCCAUCUGCCAUCCACUGAGAGCGCACACCAUGUCUGGAUUGAAGCGAGUUGUCCGAAUCAUCAUUGUAAUCUGGCUCAUAGCCGCCGUUUCCUCCAUCCCGCUCACACUGCAGUUCAAAGUCGUUUAUGCUGUCGACCACUGGAACAGAACCAUCCCUGAGUCUGCCUUUUGUGGCAUCGGGGAGAACAACCAUAUCGAAAGGACCUUUGAGAUUUCUACGUUUUUUUUCUUUGUGUUUCCCAUGACACUGAUUACGGUCAUGUAUUCUAUGAUUGCAAUUGCAAUUCGGAAAUCAGGGUUCAUCCGAGAUGGCUCAGAUGCGUCAAAUCGAGAACGCGUAACCGGAACAGAGAUGCGCGCCCAACAACAGACACGUGCACGGCAAUCAGUUCUGAAAUUGCUGGUGGCGGUGGUUGUGGCUUUUUUCGUUUGUUGGGCACCAUUUCACGGGCAGAGGCUCAUGACACUAUAUAUUCCUGCCUCGAAAUGGACAGAUAAUCUUCUGGACCUACAUAAAAUCAUUUAUUAUAUCUCAGGCGUCUGUUAUUUUGUCAGUUGCACAAUAAAUCCGAUUCUUUACAGUAUCAUGUCGCUAAAGUUCCGACAGGCCUUUAAGCAAACACUCCUUACAACCAUUUGUUGUAGGCAAAGAGUUCAUUCGACGAAAAAACGAACUUACUUUUCCUAUCGAUUUUCAAAUAAGAACGGUUAUUCUGAAACAAGUUUUACAUCAGUGGACGCAGCUUCCCCUCGAGGAAACAAGGAACACAAUUCCAACCAUAGUCCUAAAACAAAGCGUAAACAAAGAAAUAUCUCAAGUGGUCGAGGAGACAGCAUCGAAAAUACAAGUGGAUGUCGAUUGGUCGGAUCUCCUCCAAAAAAGGCGACAAAGGAUGCACAAGGGGAUUGUAAAUAGCAGUGUUAAUUGUUAGUCAUUUUAAAGUAAUAAUUGUGUUAAUUGUAUUGUUGUAUGACUGAUAAUAUUUAAAACCUGGCUGAAUCGAAAUUAGCUUUCUGUAGGAAUAAAACUCUCGUAUUAAGCGUUGUGUUUCUUUCAUACAACUGUA